ACGGCGGGAUAGUUGAGGCUUGCAGGAGUGGCAGCUCCUCACACAGGAGGACAGUGUGGGACUUUACCGCUGUGGGACAUAACGCAGAUAUUUCAGAGGAAUACUGGAUCUCAAAGCAGAUUGCAUCCACCACGCAGGAAGAAUGAAGUCUCCCAAGCUGAAAUCCCAGGGCAAAUCGAAGUUCAUCGACGAGGAGGACCUGAGCGACGUGCUGUGUGAGUUUGACGCGGUGAUCGAGGACUUCACGUCGCCGGUGGACAAGCGCCACUUCAGGUACGACGAGCACCUGAAGACCAUGAAGAGGAGGAGCAGCGCCAGCGUCAGUGACAGCGGCAUCAGCGACUCAGAGAGUGCAGAGUCGCUCAACAGAAACAGCUUCAGCUUCAGCGACGAGAGACUGAACUCGCCCACCGUGCUCUCCCCUGCCACCACUUCACCCCCCCUCUUGUCACCCAAAGCCAAACUCGGCGACACUAAAGAACUGGAGGACUUCAUCGCCGACCUUGACAAGACAUUAGCGAGCAUGUGACAUGGAGACACGGAGACUCAGACCCAUUUUGGAGUGUAGCCAUGAGGGAUGGAGGGAGUGGAUGUCUGGAUCGCCCACCACACACCCCCACAACACCGGCAACCGCCCAACAGGAAACAGCUGGAUGGCACAGCAGCUGCCAAGAGACUCCACCACGACAUCAGGUCUAGCCAGAUCCCUCCUUUAGUUAGUCUGCAGAGCUGUACACCACCCAGGCCACCUGGACUGUAAGGACUGCAGCAAGGGUCAAAAUUAACAGUGUAGGUAAAUAGUCUUGAGAAUAGUCGUAUGCUAAUGGACUCUGAAAGGUGGUGAGGAAUGAAGAGGAAGAAAAAUAUGCUGCAGAAAACCCAUUGGAAAACAUAUUGUCAGAAUUACAAAUCACCCCUUCUCACACACACACACACAGGUCAGGCUACACCCCCUCAUCCAAAACUUGAGCUGGAAGAGUAUUUAAAAAAUGGCUUUUUAUAAUAGAAGUAUAUUUGUAAUUUUAUAGAGCUGGUUAUUGUAAAUUUAUCCAUAAAAUGUUUUUUUUUUUCUGUGAAAUAUAUUUUUGUAUCUUAUGUAAAUAAUAAUUGUUUCAAAUUCUAUUUGCCUUGGUGUUAAGAGGACGUCUUUGGUCAGACUAAGGUUUGACGCUCGUUGACUGGAGUAAAGUUGGUUUCAUGCUUCUUAACAAAUGUGAACUGAAAUCUUAAUCCUCUCUGAACAAAAACUGGAAAGCAAUACAGUGUAUUUAAUACCGCUAAUGUCUGCCAGAGAUAAUAUUAAAGUAUGAAAGAUUGUUCUUUUA